CGGACGUUUAAUUAGUUUUUACGGGACAGUUGCGAGUAUACAUUAGGUCUAUACUUGGAAAAAUGACUAGUAGAUUAUUAGAAGCAAUUGAAUCCAACGAUCUUGAAGCUGUCAGGACGCUGUUAAACGACAGAGAGCAGUGUAAACAUUACGACGUCAAUGAGGGUUUGUGUAUGGCGGCCAAGAAUGGCCAUUAUGAAAUAAUCCAACAGCUGUUCCGAAGCCCAAUUAGAAAACCAUCUGUGCAAUAUGUAGAUGAAAACCAGAAGAGAGCUUUUGAAUAUGCUGUUAUAUCUGGUGACAUAAAUGUUGUUGACUUUUUAUUGAAGGCAGGGGCAUUUAUAAAUUGGUCAGAUGAUGAAGGUUUUCAGCCGUUACACUUUGCUGCCCAGUACGGAAACGUGGCCAUGAUUAAUUUCUUGAUAGAGAAAGGAUCUCACAUUUACUCAGCCAGAACUAACAGGGAAGGUCUUACUCCAUUUCAUGUAGCUGUUGAUUAUGGACACAUUGAGGCUGUCCAAGCAUUUAUUGAAUCGAGGACAGUGUCAGUCAAUAUGAAGACGAAACUUAAACAAGGUGGUCAAACUCCUCUACAUAGAGCUGUUCUGAAGUCACAUUUAAAAAUAGUAGAAUUACUGGUUGAAAAAGGUGCAAGUAUUGAUACAAAAGAUUCCGAAGGCAGACAAGCAAUUCAUUAUGCUGCACAAGCAGACGAUCCUAAUGUUCUUGAAUACAUACUUAAUCAAGGUGCAAAUAUUGAUGUCACAGAAAACUGCGGACGUCGGGCAAUUCACUACGCAAUUUACAAUAAUCAAGAAGAAAAUGUAAAAACAUUGUUAAACCAUGGUGCAGAUAUUCAUGCGAAAGACGAAAGUGCGUAUUUGCCCCUUUAUAGUGGGGUCAUGAUAGAGAAUCCAGAUAUUGUUAAGUGCUUACUGCUUGCUGGAGCAGAUCCAAAUGAAUGUAAUCGGGUUUCCCGCCAAGAUUACGCCCUCCUAAUGGCGGUAUCUCUUGGAAACACCGAAAUCGUUAGAAUCUUAUUAGAUGCUGGAGCGGAUCCAAACGUCUUAGGUUUCAAUAGAGCAACGGCACUCCAUAAAUGUCAAAAACUGAAAAACAAAGAUGAGCGCGAUACAAUAUUAACUCUGUUGAUAAAGAGGGGGGCCAAAUUGAAUGCAAUGGACAGAGAUGGAUAUACCCCUCUCCAUAGCUGUGUUAUGCAAUCAGUUCUUGGGAACUUUAGCUUAACCACAAUGAAGAUUCUUAUCCAAGCAGGAUCAUGCCUUUAUCCAGAAAGACAGUCACCAAGUGUACCUCAAAUAAGAGUGCCUGCAUCGCCCAACUCCCCCCUCUGUUUCCUUGUCUGGCGAGGUUUUCUGGAGGCCGCGGAAUAUCUACUACAAUGUGGUUGGGACAUAUCUCAUGAAACCUGGAUGUUCCUACCAGGUAAAACAACAGAACAGACGCGAUUUCACCAAUGGAUGAUAGAGUUAACCAUUUCUGUUAGACCCCUGUCCAAUAUAUGUCGUCAAAGCAUACGAAGACAUCUUCUAGAAUGUACCAAAGGAUCUGAAAUACUGUCCAGCAUUGAAAAUCUUCCAUUACCAGCCUCUAUAAAGAAGUAUCUAUCAUUCCAAGAUGAGUAAAACAGUUAUAGUAUAUGCAGUAGUAAGGUGUCCGUCGUCCAUCUAGCUGUCUGUCUGUCUGUCAAUCUAUAAACAAUUUUUCAAAACGCUACUCCUCCUACAGUUCAGGUCUGAUUUCAUUACAUCUUGGCACACAAGUAGACUUCACUAAGAUACAUAAUUCUGUGUAUCGAUUUUUUUAUUUUGGUGAACUAUGUUGCCAUGGUUACGAAAAAUAGAAACCUCUGUGAAAUACUUUUCAAACACUAUUCCUCUUACAGUUUUGGUCUGAUUUCAGUAUACCUUGGCACACAGGUAGACUACACUAAGCUACAUAAUUCGAUAUAUCGGUUUUUGAUUUCGAUGAACAGUAUUGCCUUGGUUACUAAAAAUAGAAAUUUCUGUGAAAAAUUUUCAAAACGCUACUUCUCCUGUAGUUUUGGUCUGA